UACCAUAAAUAACAACACCAAACUGUAUAAUGUGGCCAUGUGAUAUAAUUGGUAAUAUUUAUGAUAAUUAUCACAAUUAGUUGUGUGAUUAGGAGUCACAAUUAGUAGUAAAAAUAUGGAGUAGCGGCAAAGUUUAUUCAGUUAUUAACGAGCUACGAUGCGAUCAGUGUGGAUAUAUGUGGCACUUGUGGGUCCCUUUUUUAUUUAUUCAACAGAGGUAAAUCAGUUACCUUUGAGUUCCUCUAUCUUAAUUACUCAACAGUUGAAUCAUUCUACAGAGUUUUCAAAAUGCUACCGCUAUCAAGAGUGAAGCAAACACGUAAAUUUGUAGUUCCACUUCCAAAAGUUAUAUGCAAAUAAGCUUCCAUUUUGCAGAAAUAAACCUGCACUAGAAUUGUUUCACAAAAUGUUGCUGGCCUUGCUCGAAGAACACGAAUCUAGUCGCAGUACAGAAAACAUCCAAGAGCGUAGUUCAGAUUUAAAUACCACCGGAUUGCUGGGAAGACAUCGCUCCCAGUGCCCCACUUAUCCAUCUGCUCAUGGAAUUUACACCAUCCAGGUGUUGCGACUGGAACCCUUUCAGGUGUCCUGCGAUGCCGAGAUUGCCGGUUCCGGAUGGACUGUGAUAACCCGGCGCACCAGCAACCAGUUGAACUUCUUCCGCAGCUGGGAGGAGUACAAAACUGGCUUCGGGCAGCUCGAUGGUGAUUUUUUCAUUGGAUUGGACAAACUGCACGCCAUUACUAAGUCACAGCCCCACGAGUUAUACAUUCACCUGGAGGACUUUGAGGGACAGACACGAUAUGCGCAUUACGAUGAAUUCUUUGUCGAAAGCGAAAACAAGUUCUAUGCAAUGACCAAACUGGGCGAGUUCACCGGCGACGCAGGGGAUUCCAUGAUGCACAACCGCAACCAGAACUUUUCCACCUUCGAUAGGGACAAUGAUGCGUGGCACAAAAACUGCGCCGAGGAGUAUUUUGGUCCUUGGUGGCAUGUGAACUGCACAUACAGUAAUCUUUUCGGCGUCUAUGUGAAUGGAGAUGAUGCCCAGUACUUUCAGUGGAAGGGGAUCGUCUGGCACUCUUGGCGCACUGAGCGCUAUUCCUACAAAGUGAUGCAAAUGAUGAUUCGACCCAAGUGCCAUUGUUCAGGAUAGAAAAAGGUUACAUUUUGUAAUUACACUGCACCUUCCAGCUACUUAUUGUAAUGAUUAAACUUUCAAAAAGGUCAAUUUGAUUAUUAAAUAAAUUCUCAGAUGCAAUAACACCAUGGAGCCAUCUACCAUCUGGCAGCUAAAGAGAACCUUUAUAGCAAAAACUUAGAGCAAUUCUACAUAAAAUGUAUGCGGCAAGAAAUAUGCACUUAACUUGUGGUAUAAGUACAAUUCAGCAUUUCGAAACUACUUUCGAAACAUCGUUUCGAUUUCGAAGU